GAUUACUGAAAUUGAGGCGUAAGUUCAUGUUGUUGUCAGCUUAAGACAAGUUCUAGGAAGCUUUUUUUCAGAUGCUAAAUUUUGCUAGAGGAAGAAGCCAGCAAAGGUCUACCAGAUCUAUGCCUUUUGCUGGCAUGGAAUAUCAUGAUCCCAAAAGGAAGAGCAAUUUUGUAGGAAAAAUCCUUAUGGCUGCAACCCUUACAGCCUUGUGCAUUAUUAUGCUCAAGCAAUCCCCUACGUUUGGUACUCCAAGUCAGUUUUCCAAACACGAAGAAGGCGUAACUCAUGUUCUUGUAACUGGCGGUGCUGGCUAUAUUGGUUCACAUGCUGCUUUACGACUUCUGAGGGUCAUACCGUGUAACUAUUGUGGACAAUCUUUCACGUGGAAACAUAGGUGCCGUCAAGGUUCUACAAGACUUAUUUCCAGAACCCGGAAGGCUUCAAUUCAUUUAUGCUGAUCUCGGUGAUGCAAAAGCUGUGGAUAAAAU